AUGAAGACCGUCGGCAUCAUCGGCGGGCUGUCCUGGCACAGUACGCUCGCUUACUACGAGAUCAUCAAUCGCCAAGUAGCCCAGAAACAAGGCUCUUACAGUUGUCCAGAACUCAUCUUAGUGCAAACCGAUUUCAACAUCAUCAUGGAUCACGUCAAGUUCGAGCGGUGGAACGAGAUUGCAGAGAUUCUACUGGUGCUCGCCCGGAAAUUAGAGCAAAGUGGUGCGGACUUCAUGAUCAUUGCUUGCAACACAGUGCACAAGGUGGUACCCUUAAUCGAAGACCAAGUAGGGAUACCGAUCCUGCACAUCGUAGAUGUGGUUGCCAGCAAAGCGCUGAGUUUGGGUGUGCGCCGCGUGGCUUUGAUCGGAGGUCAUACCACUAUGACAGACGGAUUCUUUGCCGAUCGUCUGUUCGAGAGGCAGGUUGAGACGUUGCUCCCAGACGAGGCCGAUCAGCGAAUGAUCCACCACGCUUUGGAAACCGAAUUGCUAUCUGGAGUGUUUCUCCCGGCGACUCGCGCGAAAUUCGAACAAGUCAUAGAUCGUCUCGUCCAGCGAGGCGCUGGUGCUGUGAUUCUUGGCUGCACAGAAUUCGGGAAGCUCCUCCCACCCGGGACUUGCAGCGUUCCAUUGCUUGACACGGCGCAGAUUCAUUCAAUGGCGGCGGCAGAGAUGUCACUUACGUGA